AUGCUUUCGAGUCCUUCCAAAACAUACAAGUGUCGAUUUCCAGGCUGCAGCUCGAGCUACCAACGGAGGGAGCAUCGCCAUCGUCAUGAGGCGCAACAUACCCGCCGUCAGCUUCCGCAGUGCUCGGUUUGUGCUCAGACAUUUAGCCGGCGUGAUACACUCCGGCGACACAUGCAAAAGGUGCAUGUCACCAAAGAACCGGCGGAACCUCCCACCAAACACGCCUGCGCACUGUGUCGAAAUCUGAAGAUCCGGUGCCGCGGCGGGCCACCAUGUAGCAACUGCCUGCAUCGUGGGAUUUCCUGUUCGCUUGACCACCACGGACAGACUGACGCACAGCCUGGUGACAACUCCAAGCGCGCGUCGGGCCCGCAGUCCAUGCCGUUGCGAUCGCUAUCCCCCCGACCCAAGGCGAACCGCUCCGCAAAGGAGAAUCACUAUCUCAGUCUGUAUUUCAAGCUGUUUCACCCUCACUGGCCCUUCAUUCACCGGGGUUCGUUCAGCGAGUAUGAGACGCCCUUGCUGGUGCAAUCUAUGGUCGUCAUAGGUCUGUGGCUGAGUCGGGAGAAGGACACACAGUCCAAAGCAAUGGAUCUGCACCAGGUCUUUGACUCCGCCAUUCGCGAACAGACAGCGGUAUGGGAUGCCUCGAGCUUAGAGGACGGAUGCAGUGCUUGUUCGUGGCCCAUCCCGACAUACCAGGCCAUCUUGCUCCACAUAAUCUUCGCUGGGCUGUCCCAGGGCGGUGAAGUGCUUGGCCCGGACCUCAAGCCUUCCCUUGCACCCCCUGACCGCGACCUGCUGGAGAGGCUGGUCGCGAGUUGCAAGAAGCUGGGCCUGCUGUAUUAUCCUAACAUCCUCAAUCGUUAUUGCCAGGAUGACCCAGCGACCUAUGUGUGGGUGAGCAUCGAGGAGGUCAAACGAUUCAACUUGACGCUGUUCAAAGUUUGCAGAGCUUUCAGCGGUGCAAACAGACAGACUAGUAGUCGGGACGUUGCGGACAUGGCAGAGCCAGCAAGCGGGAUCCUUCAAGUACGCGAUCUGCAAUUUCCCUGGCCACGGAAUACCCCGUUGUGGAAUGCGGUGGGCAAAGCAGAAUGGCUCUCUGUUGCGACCGAAGACGUUUUUCGCCAUAGCCCACAUGACACAAUGGAGGUGGAGUGGAUCUCGAAUUCUGCUGAUGUUCUGGAGAUGCUCGACGGUUGA